AUGUUUCCUUCACAGAACCUGAUCAACCGCGCCACUAUGAGCCAAAGUGUCCCGGUCCGGCUGAUCAUCUGUGUUGAUGGAACAUGGUGUGAGCCAGAUGGUGCACACGGAAAUCGAAACCAUAACAUCACCAACGUUUACCGCCUCUACACUAGUAUCUACAAAGGGGAAUGUGAAGAACGCUCUGGAAAGAGAUUCAAUCAAGUCAAGAAGUACUACCGCGGCAUCGCCGCUGAAGACGGGAUCAGCUAUAGCGGGAGAUUGCUGGCUGGCAUGCUAGGCGGCCCAUGCAUUGACCAGAUCCGUGACGUCUAUGAGUAUAUUUGUCACACAGCUAGUGAGAACGAUGAGGUUUGGCUCUAUGGGCUUAGUCGUGGAGCCUAUGUCGUCCGCGCCGUGGCAGGCUUACUCCACUAUAUUCGCGCUAUAUCAUCUGCUGGGACGCCUUCUUUCAGUGAAGACUUUAAGCUUGCCUUGAAGGUCUACAAGAAAUUGCAACAGCAGAAACGACUUGGAGAAGGCCAGAUCCACGACAUGUUCGAGGCAAAAACCAGACCAGCUCCGAUCAUACAAUUUAUGGGUGUGUUCGAUACUGUCAAAGCAGUUCAAGACGAACGACUGUACGAUAUCUCUCUGAACCUUUCCAUCCAGCACCUGAGGCAUACUCUUGCAUUGAAUGAAGAUCGUCAGCGGUUUGCGCCGGAGUACAUGUACCCAAACUUCAACAACCGCACCCAAAUGUUAGAAAAGAGAACUUUUGUCCAAGCUUGGUUCGUUGGCGCCCAUAUAGACAUUGGGGGUUCAGCCAAGAUGGACGGACUGUCCCUCUAUCCUUUACAAUGGAUGCUUAUUGAAAGUCAGAACCAAGGCCUUAAACUCAAGUUCGAUGGCGAUUUUGGGGGUCGCAGCAGCCUUGAAAGUCCGCUUAGGCUUACCGGCCUGGAAGCAGACAAUGAAGCAUGGGAAUGUGUGACAGAUAACGGACUUGUCGUUCAGAUGAAAGACAUUAGGCAUAUCCACAAAGACGAAACGAGCCAAGGAAGAUAUGAUGUUCAUUUACACAGACCUCGGGGAAAACUGUGGAUCAGGCGGCACAGAGAACCUUUUAGCGAGAAUGGUGAACUCAAUGGCUAUUACAAAUUCGGCAAGUCUGUCCUGUUCAUCUCUGAAGUCCCUAAGUAUUGA